UUCCUGUAUAAAGUGAAGGAAGGAGACUGACAGAUGGAUAAAUGUGGGUUGGUAGGUUCAUAGACUGGUUGCGUUUGAAUGCUGCUCCUCAUGAACCAACAGCAACAGCCACAGCCGCCGCCGCCGUUUCUGCCUCCGGUAUUGGUUUCCGUUUCGCUAACGUCGUCUAUGGGGGAGCAAACUGAACCCCAAGUACCCGUCCAGACGCAAAUUCAUCAUCAUCCUCAACCCCACCCCCAGUCUCAGCCCUCAAAUCAGCCCCAAACUCAACCCCAAGUCCCAAUCCAGUCACAAUCCCAAAUUCAAUCUCAGACUCAACUCCAACCCCUGCUCCAGCCUCCUCAGCCUCAGUCUCGGCUUCAACCACAGCCCGAACUCCAGACCCAAACCCAAACCGAAACCCAAACCCAGCCUCUGCCCGGUAAUACUCCUCAGCUUCAGCCGGACGCCACCUCUCAAACGGUAGACGCCACAACCGCCGUUGCUUGUCCUCCCCAGAAUUCCUCUUCGGCAUCUAAGAUCCCCAUUCGGUCUCGAAAGAUCAGGAAACUCUCCGCUGACGUCUCUACAGAUAACUCCGAAAAUAAAGCUCCCCAAGCCGUCGACGGGGAUACCACCACCAUCAACACCGCCGCCGCCGCCGCUACCUCUGAGAUGGUAACCACCACAACCGUCGUGCACAACAGCAACAUGAUCCUUGUACAACCGAUUAGGGUAAUUCCGAGAAUAGUGGGCAAGACAUUAUCUUGCGCAGGAGAGGUUGCUGCCGCCAUUCGGCAUUUAAGGACCGCGGAUCCACUGCUAGCGCGUGUUAUCGACGUUUAUCAACCGCCGUCUUUUGACACAUUUCACCCACCAUUCUUAGCCCUGACCAAGAGUAUCCUCUACCAGCAGCUCGCCUACAAGGCUGGCACCACCAUCUACACUCGAUUCAUCUCUCUCUGCGGUGGUGAGGCUGGUGUAGUCCCCGACGCCGUCCUCUCCUUCUCUCUCCACCAACUCCGUCAAAUCGGCGUUUCUGCCCGUAAAGCCAGCUACCUCCAUGACCUCGCCAGCAAGUACCGCAAGGGGAUCCUUUCUGAUGCCUCGAUUAUUGACAUGGACGAUAAGUCCCUUUUCGCAAUGGUCACUAUGGUCAAUGGUAUAGGACCCUGGUCUGUGCACAUGUUCAUGAUUUUCUCUCUUCACCGACCCGAUGUUCUCCCCAUCGGUGAUCUUGGCGUCCGCAAGGGGGUCCAGCUCCUCUAUGGUCUUGAACAAUUACCUCGGCCUUCCCAAAUGGAACAGCUCUGUGAGAAGUGGAGGCCUUAUCGAUCUGUUGGGACCUGGUACAUGUGGAGAUUUGCUGAAGCCAAAGGGGCUCAAGCUUCAGCCACAGCAGUGGCGGUUGGUGCCGGUCAGCCACAGCUACAACAGCAGCCACAGCCACAGCCGCAGCAACAUCAGCAUCUUGAUCCGAUCAAUGGCAUUGAAAGCCUCGGGGCCUGCGUGUGGGGAAUUGAUUGGGAAGGGUAGUGAGAGACGGUCCAUGUGUCUGCACUGUUAUUUCUGCUGCGCUUUUGUCCUUCAAUCAGUAUCGUUAGUACUCCAAAAUAUUUUGACAGAGACUGAUCCAAGGAAUUGGAAGAGAAAGCUUGCGCAUUCAAGCUUAAGAGGUUUUUAGAUAUGCAUGCUCUGGUUUUUAUUUUUUAGUAUGCUCUUAAUAAAAGUGCAUAUGCUCAUCAGUUGUCCAAGAGUCAUAAGAUGCCUAUUUAAAAUCAUUAGCUGUUCUGAAAGGACUAAUUUAAUGAAAGCUUUCAUUACUUAAUGGUUGAUCAUAUUUCUGUAGCCAGCUGUAAAUGAACUGCAUGCUUUCAAUGUUUACUAUAAAUGUACUGCCUUUUAUUCUA